GAGGGGGCAAAAGCGUCGGGGGCGCCAGAAGUAGCGGCUUUCUGGACGCUUUGGAAAAAUCACAGUCCAAGCGGGAUGGUGGCUUUAAAAAUAAUUGGAGCUUUGAGCAUUCAGAAGAAAGUGAAGGAGAUGCAGAGAAAGAUGAAGCAUAUCUGCUGAGCAUCGAUGAGAGCGAUGGAUCCUGCAGUCCCAGUGAUGAAAAGAAAUCAUUACGUUGCCGCUCAGGAGCUAUUGGCACCAGAGGAGAUCCCAUAAGAACAUAUACUAGACGAGGCAAAAUUGAAGCUUCUAGAAUUUUUAAAGGAAACUCGAUUGGUCUCCACAUGCUGGGGAGCAGCAAGAAAAUGAGUGAAAAUGCUCAGACUAUAUCUUGUCCUGGAACUGUAGUACAUGGUAGACGUUUUCAACAUGCUCAUGCACAAACACCUGUAGUAAAAACAGCAGCACAAAGCAAUCUGGAUCGAAAAGAAAGAAAAGAAUAUCCUCCUAAUAUUCAGAAGAUAGACACAGAUUUCAGCAGACUGCCUCAGCUUCAUGAGAUGCAAAGUGUGAUGGAGAAUACGGAGGAAUCUGGGUCAGAGUCAGAAUCAGGAAUUAUAAGGAAGGUACAGCUGAAACGUCACUGCAAUUUAAAUCAAUCUCGUUUGCUUCCAUCUCCUGCUACAAAAAAGUGUGUAACCCCCCUAGAGGGCUUGGAACAAAGGAAUUAUUCCACAGUUUGCCCAUGCAACGGAAAAGCAAAUGAAAGUCAAGCCAAAUGCCAAAGAUGUGGAAGUCUUUGUCUUAGGGGUUUGCCAAGACACUCCAUGCAAAGUAUUACACUAAAUGAUUCGUUGGGACCUUUAGCACGAGAGUCAAUACAUGAGAACUCAGCAGGGCAAAAAAAUUUAAAUACAGGACUAAAUGCAAAGAAGUUUUAUGGGUCUUUUCCUGGGACAAUUUCAUCUGAUUGCGUAGUGAGGCGAGAUAUUGCGACAACUGUAUUGCGGCCAAAUGGAAAAGUUGGAUCUAAAAUUACUGGAAACUUGAGGCAGAAGAGUUCAAUAGCAUCUGAACUGAAUGAUCCCAUUGUUUUGUCAAGUGAUGAUGAAGAAGAGGAAGAUGAAAUCAGCGGCACUAGCAGAGUGGAGAGCAUCUCACCGCGUCCUGCAGAUUCAGCCUGUUCCUCCCCUGCACCUUCCACUGGGAAAGUGGAGGCAGCCUUGAAGGAGAACACUGGUGGAAUAGAACAAAGACUGACAAGUAUUACAGCAGACCCAGAACCUGCAGUCAUUUUACCAAGAAAAGCAAGAAUGAAAGACCAGUUUGGCAAUGUUGUUUCCAGCGCUCCAGUAAAACGUCGCAAAGUUACCCCGCAAGAAACACCUCAGAAUUAUCAAUCAGCUGAUGCUGUGUCUUUAAAACAUCCGAAUUCUUAUGAAAGCGUCAUUCUAAACUGUCGGAGCAUUAGAAUAGGAACACUGCGCAGAAUGGUGGUAGAACCUGUAAUUUUUUGCCUUGAUUUUAUUAAGAUACGUCUAGAAGAAUCAGAAAUUGAUAUUAGGGACAUUAAUUUAAAAACCUCCGAGCUUACGAAGUGUGAGUGGUGUGGUGUACGAAAGUUGCCAGUAGUAUUCCUGCAAACUGUACCUGCUGCCUGCCUUACUCUGAGAUGCCAGCUGAAGAUGAACAAAGAGAAGGAUAAUAUCUGGUAUGACUGUAAAGGAGCAAAUCCAGAAGAACAAUACAUUAUUCUGAUUUUUGAAACGGGACUUGAUCCUCAUGCAAAUGCUGUCUUUGAAAAAAUAAUCAUUGAUAUUGGUGUCCGAAACAAUAUUUCUGAUUUCUUUGUGAAAAUUCCAUUCGAAGAAGCAAACAGUAGGCUUGUGGCUUUUACAAAAUCCUUUGAAGACACCUCCAAAGGAAAUUCUGCGCACAAAGAAGGCAAAACAAAACAAGUAUUUCAUGUCAUUUUCUCUAAGGUAUCUGAAUCUAAAAUGCAGCUUCGAAAUGCAACACAGUUUCAGUUUUUUGAUGAUGACGAAUGUGGCGAGCCACACACAGUCUUUAUUGGACCUAUAGAAAAGUUGAUAGUCUAUCCUCCUCCACCUGCAAAGGGUGGUAUUUCUGUGACCAAUGAAGAUCUCCAUUGUUUAAAUGAGGGAGAGUUCUUAAAUGAUGUCAUCAUUGAUUUUUAUUUAAAGUAUUUGGUGCUCGAAAAAUUGAAAAAAGAAGACGCUGAUAGAAUUCACGUGUUUAGUUCCUUCUUCUACAAACGCCUUAAUCAAAGAGAGAGGAGAAAUCUUCAUGAAACCUCUAAACUCACAAUUCAGCAAAAAAGACAUGGACGAGUGAAAACGUGGACACGCCAUGUUGAUAUAUUUGAGAAAGAUUUCAUUUUUGUUCCCCUUAAUGAAGCGGCACAUUGGUUUUUGGCUGUCAUUUGUUACCCAGGUUUAGAGAUGCCAGUAUAUGAACCCAACCCAUACUAUCAGGAACACAUACCUGCCCAAGUUAAAUCUUCCUCUUCAGAUCAAGACAGAAGUGCUUCACCUGUUCCACCCAGUGACUUGGAUACGCUACAGCACUCCUCCUCUGCAACAGGAACAAAGAAAGUGCCGAACAGGAAGCAUGGUGGUACAUUGGCUGACACAGGCCUAGAAGCGGAGAACAGCGAGUUCCUCCAUUGCAGACGACACCUAUGUGGGAGAAGUGGGCUAAAAAAACUAAACCAGUUAACUAGCACCACCGAUGAAUUAAGAACUUUGGAACCUACAGCUUACAAAUGUGAUCACAGAGGUUUGGAGGCGAAUGGCAUGCAGAGCGAACCUAAAGCUCAAAUACAUGCUUCUGAUGGUUUACAAAAAAUCAGGCUAAACUACAGUGAAGAUUCAGCUGAUAGCAGUAAACUGAAUGAAGAUGAGCUAAUAGAUUUUUCAGAAGAUCAAGAUAAUCAGGAAAACAGCAGUGAUGACGAUGGUCUUACAGAUGAUAAUUGCAGCUCAGAAUUAGGACAAUGGCAUCUGAAGCCAACUAUAUGUAAACAGCCUUGCAUUCUGCUUAUGGAUUCAUUGAGAGGCCCUUCUCGAUCAAAUGUUGUCAGAACUCUAAGGGAAUACUUGGAAGUGGAAUGGGAAGUUAGGAAAGGUACUAAAAAAAGCUUCUCCAAAGAUGUCAUGAAAGGCUCAAACCCUAAAGUGCCACAACAAAACAACUUUAGUGAUUGUGGAGUUUAUGUGCUGCAGUAUGUGGAGAGUUUUUUUGAGGAUCCCAUUCCAAGUUUUGAAUUACCAAUGAAUCUAACAGACUGGUUUCCACGCCCAAGAAUGAAGACAAAACGAGAAGAAAUAAGGAACAUAAUCCUGAAUUUACAUGAACAACAGAACAAAGAAAAGAAAGGACAGAAGGAUCCUAAUUCAUCAGAGAAAUCUUUUCAGGAAGGAGCAGAGCAAUUUAUCAGCAGUAGUUCAGACUGAAUAUUUUCUCUGCAGCAACACUCAAAAACUGAUCUACUUUCUGCAGU